AUGCCAUCAACUCGGCGGGGAGGAAAGAUAAAUAAAUUUCGCACCGUACUUGGCUUGGUGCGCAGCCUCCUCCUCCUCCUCUUCCGGCUUGACGGGGCGGCGAAGGGUGUUGCCGCACGGGGCAAGCAGGCGCCGGUGGAGGCAGAGGAGGAAGCACGCAGAGGAUGUGCCAGGGAUGAAUACCCCUGGCUCUUGUCGAAGUCGCUGAAGAAAGCCAUGGCUAGGGUUGCCUGGUUGCUGGCGAGGGUAGGCGCGCUGGGGGAGCCCUUCCACACCAUCCCCGAAACCCUAGCUCUGUCCUGUGGUCAUUUUCCAUCCACCCCCGCCUCCUUUCUUUCCCUCGCUCUCUCCUCCCCCUUCCAGAUCCAGCAGAGCUCCUCUCGAUCCCCUCCCCUUCCUCCCCACUGUCGCGAGGUCGCACCCUCCACGCCGGCCCCUCCCACUCCAGCUGUCGCCCCCAUUCUCUCCAGAUCCAAUCCAAGUCCCCCUCGUCCACCGCCCCCUUCCUCCCGUCACUACACGAACCUCGCCGCCGACCCACCCCUGGUCCUCCCGCCACUUGAGCGCGCCACCCACCGCGUCCACAGAGACUGCCGUGGACCUGCGGUGCGCGAGCUGGAGGACGGUGGGGGAGGCCAACAACCUGGCGCCGUGGGCCGUCGUGCCGCAGGACUGCGUGCUGCACGUGCACGCAUACCUCACUGGCCCCGCCUACCGCUCCGACCUCGACCUCGUCGCGGGGAGGCUUCCGCCUACGCCCGCGCCGCCGCCGCCGCCACCGGCGCCUGGGUCUUCGACAUCGACGAGACGCUGCUCUCCAACCUUCCCUACUACGCGCAGCACGGAUACGGGCUGGAGCUGUUCGACCACCUGGAGUUCGACCGGUGGGUGGAGAUGGGGGAGGUGCCGGUGAUCCCCUCCAGCCUUCGCCUCUACAGGGAGGUCCGCGACCUCGGCUUCAAGACCUUCCUGCUCACCAGCCGCAGCGAGGCCCACGAGGGUAGAAAGAGCUGCCGUGGACCUGCUAUCUUGUUAGUCUCGGCAGGUUUCAGUCGACAUCUAGCCGAUUUAAUUUCUGGGUUUGUUUUGUACCUCAACUUGGACUAUAACAUGUUGGUUGCAAACUGGAAUAACCCUGCAGUUUGGUUCCGUAGAGUGGACCAGUUUGACACGAUUGACUUGUCGGACUACGAGAUUGUCAAGCUUGACAACUUCCCUUUCAUGAAUCGCCCAGGGAGCUCGCACCUGAUUACAACUUACAAUGAGAGGGAGCAGGUGACGCCCAGGGAGGUCAGCAUCCGAGUCCCGGCCAUCCUUCACAUCAAGGACGAGGACGGCGUCAAGGGCUGCCGUGUCGCCGGAGCCGUCAACAACUACACCUCCCAGCUCCUCACCUACGGAUCAUCAUCACAAUCGCCAUCUUGUAAAUCUUCCCGCCAAUAUAACCUGACGGAAGCGCUCUUGUUUCUCUCACACUUCAUCGGCGACAUCCACAAGAUGCUGGCCUUCAUUCAUGUUUUGUGGUGAGGUCCAGGAUGAACAAGUUGGGAGAAGCAUUGGAGCUAGUUAUACUGUGAUAGCUGUGUUACCUGAUGUGAACAUUUUUUAUUGUAAAACUAAUGUGAACCAUGUUUGGUUUUAAUAAUGUGCCAAGUUUGGCUCUUUUUGAUUGUAUUCAUGAUGUGAACCAUAUUUUUCUGGACUAGUCGUGCUCUGUUCGAAGCA